UGGGAGGAUAAGGAUGGAGUGGAUGCCGGGUAUCGAUCGGUCGGGCUGAAAACUACCCUUCGAGGAAGAGGCGCAGUGUGCAAAACCGACCACGUACGAGUCGGUGGUGCUCGUGGUGCUCGCGGUCCACGCGGAUCUCUACGCUCUUUCUAACUCUUAGACUUUUUCCCACUUGCGUGUGCCUCGUACGACCGCGAUUGUCGUUCGGUAUUCCCACAAUUCGGUGGGAUUACCGGUGCGCUACGAGGUAACCGAUUUCCACGAUUUUAACGAGGGUGCUAUAAGGACGUGCCGUUUCGAUCACUAACUCUAGAGAUUCUCUCUUCUUCGUGUUUCGUGUCCAGAGGCAAGCCAGAAGUGUCAUCACCACCACCAACACCAUGGCGUUCGCGGGUUUGAAGAAACAGAUUAACAAAGCCAAUCAGUAUAUGACUGAGAAGAUGGGCGGAGCGGAAGGAACCAAGCUCGACGUCGAUUUUAUGGAUAUGGAGAGGAAAACGGACGUCACGUACGAGCUGGUGGAGGAGUUACAAAUGAAAACGAAAGAGUUCCUUCAGCCAAAUCCCACAGCAAGAGCGAAGAUGGCCGCGGUCAAGGGCAUCAGCAAGCUCAGCGGUCAAGCGAAGGCCUCGACUUAUCCCCAGCCAGAAGGUGUUCUCGGCGAUUGUAUGCUUACUUAUGGAAAGAAAUUAGGGGAGGAUAGUAUUUUCGCUCAGGCUCUGAUUGAAAUGGGCGAGGCGAUGAAGCAGAUGGCAGACGUGAAAUAUUCGUUGGACGACAACAUUAAACAAAACUUCCUUGAGCCUCUGCACCAUUUGCAGACUAAAGAUCUGAAAGAAGUGAUGCAUCACCGGAAAAAACUUCAGGGACGAAGGCUGGACUUCGAUUGCAAGAGAAGACGUCAAGCGAAAGCCGGAAAAAGAUCUAGCAGUCCUCAUUUUGGAAGUCCAGCGAAAAGUUCAUCACCGUACACUGACGACGAGAUUCGUCAAGCUGAGGAAAAAUUCGCUGAGAGUCUCCACCUAGCACAAUUGGGCAUGUUCAAUCUUUUGGAAAAUGACGUAGAACAAGUGGCACAGUUGGCAACAUUCAGUGAAGCUCUUCUGGAGUAUCAUCAACAAUGUACUGAAAUUCUGAGAACAUUAACAGAGACACUUUUAGAGAAAAAAGACGAAGCGGCGAAUAAACCAAAACUGGAAUUCGUACCGAAAACAUUGGCCGAUUUGCACGUCGAUGGAUUACCUACAUCGGAUGCUAUGAACGGGGCAAGUCGAGCCGGGUCUCCAAUUCAUGUGGAGGGGAAGCGCUCGCAGCUCGAGCUAUUUCCAGCCGGAAACCCGCCACAAUCUGCCAAUGCUUCUCCCUUACCAUCUCCAAGCAAAUCGCCAGCCAGGACUCCGAUGACAAGACAACCAUGUUGCACAGCUUUGUACGAUUUCGAAGCAGAAAAUCCUGGAGAACUCGGCUUCAAAGAGAACGAUACGAUCACUCUGACCAGGAAAAUCGACGAAAAUUGGUUCGAGGGUACCUUGAACGGUCGUACGGGUUAUUUCCCAGUAACUUAUGUGCAAGUCGUAGUGCCAUUACCUUAAGGAGACGCAAUGCGUCUCGUAACCAAAGACCCUGCAUUCGUUCACCAGCGUUUACCAUGAGAAUUAUCUUAUGCUCCGAAUAGCCUAAAAAUCUCUUUCAAGACUACUCUCUAUUGAAAUUACUUACGUUAUGGUUCCCGCUUGUUCGAAACGGAUGGAUCUUCAUGUUUUACUCUAUUUACUUGUUUCAUUUUAUUUUUCUUUUUCCUCUUGUCCCCGAGGAUAGCUCUAUACGCAUGUUAAUGUACAUAUAUAAUGUUAUAGUGUCUUUUAUCGACGUAAGGACCUUCGCGCGCGCAGAUGCAUAUAUUAUAUAUAUAUAUAGGGUGUUCAAAUAUUCGCGAAACACUUUCAGAUUCUAAAGGCAAGAGCGAACGAGAAAGUUGAUAUGCAAAAAAUGUCGGUUGAGAUUUAUUUAUUUGCGUUAGAAGAUAAAGAUAGAGACAGAGAUAGAGAGAGCUCGUUUCAUCCAAUGCAACGCAUAAAUUAAUUACAACUUGACAAAUGAAUCGACAAAUAAACGAAUCGACAUUUUUAUAUUAUGAACUUCUCGUUCGUUUUUCGAUCUUUAGAUUUUUUGAAAGUGCCCUACGAAUAUAUUAACAUCUUAAAUAUUACACACGACUUACACUAUUGCGAUUAAGUAUGAAUACACGUAUACACGUACACGAGAGAUAUUAUACAUGUACACACAUAUUAUACGUCGUAAAGUACCUACGAUGGCAGUCCACUGUCAAGGGCGGCUCUUUUCUCAUUUUCUAUUAUCGUCUCGUCAUGUGUCAUGUUUGAAACAUUGUCCAUUAGUUUCCACACAAUCAAUGUUUGAUUGCACAAAGACGUCAGAGCGCCAAGACUGCAUUGAAAUUUUUUGAAGGACGUUCGAAUUACUCUUCUAACCUCAAGUGUUUCCCAUUUAUUGAAACGAUCUAUUUCAGUAAUCAUACUUAUUCAGUAGUACGUAACAAGUUGUGUCAUUUUUAUAGUAUAAUGAUGAUCGAAUCUACUCGGAAUCAAGUUUUAAGUUUUUCGUUUCUCGUUUUAAGAAUUCCAAAACGUUCGAAACAACUUUUUUUUUUUUUUUUUUUACAUUAAUCCUUUAUUUUCAUUUUUUCAUGUUUUACACGUUUGUUUUUAAAAUUUUCCUUUUAAUUAUUCCUCAUGUUUUCAAGCGCACUGUUAUUGAUACGGAGAGAAAGAGACAGAGAGAAAGAGAUAGAGCGCGUGAGAGGGAGAGAAAGAGAGAGAGAGAGAGAGAGAGAGAGAUUAUUCAUUGAAAUCAUAUUAUCCGUUUUGCGUUGGUCAGCAUGGCGCAGCGAAAAAGAAACCAUAUAAGUCGUAUUAUUAAACGUAUUCGUACGUUGUAUAGUAAUUCGUUUCCAUUCCCUUGUCGUUUUUUCGACGUUUAUCUCGUAUCGUUUGUCGUUCUUUUUGAUCAUUUAGAAAAAGACCGAAUAGAAAUUUAGGAUUUAGUUUAAGUGAUCUUCAAAAUGGCGGCGAACCUCUUCCACGAAGUCGUCGAUUAACAAGACGAAUUAAUUAGAGAUGAUCCCCAUUCGUGUUUUCCAUUGUGACUAUUUCGAGUUGAUAAACGAAUAUGACGUAACAAACGUAAUAUUUAUGUCAAUUAACAAUUAAUUUAGAAAUGAUUAAUCCUUUAUUUUCCUAUCGUGAUUAUUAGCCUUUUAUCAUUUCUUUUUUUUUUUUUUUUUGUUUUAUUUUUCUUUGAUCCAAUUCUUAUUAAUUCUUAUUGAAUGAAUAGUAAGGAUAAAUUGCCGAUGAAAACAUGAAAUCUUCGAAAGAAAAAAUAAAAAUCUUUAUGUUAGAAAUCCAAAAGUAUUUAUUAAUUGUCUUUGCGGUUAGAGAUUUUUCGUUUCUAUCUUGGACUUUGUACGAGAGUUCAAACCGCCAGAACAAUGAAAGUAAUUAAGGAAAUUGGUUAUUUGUUGCCACGUGGAUUUUAGGUAAAUCUUCAAACAAAAUAUUUGCUAAGCAUAAUAUUAUAAUAAUGUUAGAGUAUAUAACUUACUUAUUAUAUAAAAUAUAUAUAUAUAUAUAUAUGUUGUCGAUGACGGCGACAACGGUGAUGACUACGACGAUGGCAUUAUUAUUAUUGAUACUCGCAUAUUUUUCCAUUUACUAUUACGGUAAAAUAUUUACAUGAAUGGAAAACGUUCUUGGCCUUACCUUACAUUUUGAACCGUUCCAAUGGCAGUUUCGUAUAGUUGGUAUUUUAUGAAUUAAACGCGGCACCCUUAGAACAACGUUGCAAUAUGAAUGGGUUUUACGAUCAUAAAUUUAUAAUUAAUACACACAGUAGCUCUAUCCAUGUUAAGAAAUUAUUACGAAAUUAUAAUAAAAAAUCAAUAUCAUUAAAUAACAAUUAAUAUUAUUUACAAUUAUCGACGUCGUAUUAAUUGUUCAGAAAUUAGGAAGGCCUUUUCUAUUUCUGCUUCUCUAUAUAGCUAAAUAAACUUCUCGCUCGUAAUAUUUUACUUUACGAAGCGAAAUUAGUAAAAUACUCGAUAUAAAUAAAAAAGUUAUAUCAUCUUUUUUAAUCUCUUUCCGAGCCUAUCCUUAACUUCUCACUCUCGCUGAUCACACACGAGAAGGGAUGAGAGAUGAGGAGGAACUUCUCGUGGGUAACGUUGAUAUUUAAAUGUUAGGCAUUCCCCAUCGGUUAAUCCCAUCAAUUAUGAUCUCAAGUAACGUACAAACUAUAAUAAUAUAUUUUCUUUAUUAUUAAAGAUAACAAAAAACAUAUAUAUUUAUUAAAUUGGAACGUUGUUCUUGGCGCCGUUUAAAAAUUGUCAAGAAUGAAACUUAGGAUUGAUUUGCCGCGAAAAUGAAAAUCGUUGCAAGUUAUCAACCGGGAUAUUCGAUUGAUAAACCGAUUUACUGCUGCUACCGUCAUCAGCGUUCAGUCAUUGCGAAUACGAAACAGAAGAGAGAGAGAGAGAGAGAGAGAGAGAAAGAGAGCGAGCGAAAGAGAGAGAGAAAGAGAGAAAGUUUGAGGAGUUUAAAGAAGCAAGAGAAGAAGAGAUACAUUGAUAUAAUUUUAUCUAUCGUAUAAUUCAUUGUGAGAUGUAUGAAAACAUUUUCCUGACAAAAAAAAAAAAAAAUUGAAGUGUUAUCGAUGUUGUGCAAUAUUAAAAGUUUAACGUCACGCUGUUUAAAAAUCAUGAUCGCUGGAUCAGUGUUUCUCAAAAGCACGAUCGAAUCAGAGAGGUAUAUUAAGGGUAUGUCAAAUUUCAUAGAUACAAAGAAAUUUUCAUCACCACCGGGGUCUUCGAUGUUGGAUGUCGACGGCGUUUUUUCGAAAAAGGAAGAUUGUCAUGUAUUUUUCUUCUUUCGAGCAAUUUUUCGGGGAACAAAACUCUCUCGUUCUUUGUGAUUUUAUGACUUGGGGGCGGAUCGACGCGAAGAAAGAACGUAAUAAUCGUAGCGAUAUUAGGUGCCAUAUGGAGGAACACGCAAGGAGAUAGAAUAGACCGAAAAUCGAAAAAAAAAAAAAANAAAAAAAAAAAAAAAAAAAACAAACGCGAAAACGUAACAAAACCGAUAGGAAAGAAGUAACGAUCAAUCUGAUUUUCGUAGCUCUAUAUAUAUAGUAUAUACAUAUAUAUAUAUACAGGUUGUGAUAGCCUUAUGUUCUUUCGAGCGUUAAACCGUUGCUAGGAAUUUCGUCAAUUAAUAAAAAUACGAGAAUAAGCGAGGCGUGAGUUUCAUCUUCCAAAGCAAUUGUCGAGAAUCAUUGAAAGAGGAAUGAAGUGCAUGUGCAAUAUAUAGUCUGACGUGUCAAUCGAUCGGGUAAAAAAAAGGGAAAAAUCGCGUGACGAUUUUUGGGAGUCCUGUAACUUGCGUCCACGUGCAAACGAUAGCAAUAUAAGUAUCCUUUUGGAACGAGAGACAUAUCAUCGAGAUUAUUUUUCUUGCAAUUUUGAGAAACACUGUACUGGUACGUACAAAAUAUGUUUAAAUAAGAGAAGGGGAAAAAGAAGAAGAAGAAGAAGAAGAAGAAGAAGAAAGAGAAGGAAAGAGGAGAAGAAGAACGAAAAAAAAAAAAAAAAAAAAUCACGAGGGACUAAUUCUCGUCGCGUGAUAUUUAUUGUUGCCCUCGCGGACCUGUAACAGCGACCUCUGUCAACUAUAGGAAUAUAAUAUGAUCGACGGAUCGUGGACGAAACAAAAGAAGAACGAGACGAAACGAUCUACGAAUAACUUAAAGGAAAAAAAAAAAAAAAAAAAAAAAAAAAAAAAAAAAAACAAAAAAAAACAAAAAAAAAAGAAAAAAACAAAUCGGUAUCUUACUCUAUAAAUGUUGGCUAUUGUUAAAUGUUGAAUAUUGUUCUGCGGAGUGCUUGCCUCCUUUUCGAACGACGAAUCAACGAUUUCAAGGAUCAUUACUUUGAUUGAUGUUUUUUUACUUCGUUUUUUAUUUAUUUAUUUUUUUUUAAAUAAUCAUUGUUGCCUUUCCUCUAUUUCUUUUUUUCUUAAUUUUUAUCAAGACGAACGAGCUUUUCACAUGUUCCGCUAUAUAUAUAUAAUAAUAAUAAUAUAUAUAUAUAUAUAUAUUUUAUAAUAAUAUUUCUCAUAGAAAUACGUUAUUUAUAUUAUAGAUAGGGUUACUUUUUACUAAACGUAUUAUUUUUAGUACGUAAUGAAAGAAAAAGAGGAGGUUAACCGCUAUACACGAGCGCGUAUAUACAGAGUCUCGUUCGAAGCGACAAGCUCUCCGCAUUUUAAUUGUAAUCUAACUAUUUCGGGGUCUGACAGACGUCGAAUCUAUCGCCCCCCGCAAUCACUGAGCAUCCUUGGUCCGGAAGAAUAGAAUUACAGACGCCAUUCUUGUUCCACCCAGCUCCCUCCCCCGAUGUAUCGCUUAUUAUCUCGUUUCUUCCAAUACACGAAGCACACUUUUUUUUCCCCUCCCCCUUCCUUUCGUGUUUCUCGUAAUUCCUACCCACUUAUAUUUUGUAAGCGUUAGAAUGUCGCUGGAAUCGAUCGAGAAACCCAAGAGGAAGCGAGCGAUUAUUAUUUUCUUCCUUGAUCAUUGCACGCUUACGUAUUAUUCGGUUCUCGGUUUUUUUUAGUUUUUUUUUUUUCCCCCUAGUUCGAUCUCCCCGUUCCCGUUCUCUUCUUGAUCCCUUGUUCUUGUUGUUCUUGACGAAACGAAGCGAAGGGACGACCAGUGGAUGCAACGCAGUGAUACUUUCAGACAAUACAUUACAAUUAAUUACACUUAUAUUAUAAUAAAUUAAUCUAUUAUAAUUAUUGAAACUCCGAUCGAAGAAGAAUAUGAACGAUAUGUACUCGAUAUUCGGUCAAUGCUAAAUAAUUAUUAUCACUAAUUAAGAAAUAAAGUGUGCUCUAUGUCAUGCUA